CAUUAUCAGUUCAACAAUCAAAAGUCUCUAAAUUUCUUUUCUACUUUCUUAUUUUCAAUCUUCCAACCAAAAGAAAAUGGCAUUGCUCAGCGCUAAGAAACUCAUCGAGAUGGCCAGGAAAUGGCAGAAGUUUGCCGCUAUGCAAAGGAAGAGGAUUUCAUUUCCAAGAAAUGGUAGUGAUGCAGACAGUUGCAGUACAUCUUCAUCCUCUAUAGUUGAGAAAGGCCAUUUUGUAGUUUAUACAGCUGAUCAAUCCCGCUUUGUCGUUCCAUUGGUUUACCUUGAAAAUGAGUUCAUUAGGCAACUUUUAAGCAUGUCCGAAGAGGAGUUUGGGUUGCCAAGUGGUGGCCCUAUUACAUUACCCUGUGAUUCAACCUUCAUGAGCUACAUUAUUUCGCUAAUCAAGAAAGGUGUAGCUGCUGGAGAUCUUCACAAAGCUUUGCUCCUCUUGAUUCCUUCAUGCUGCUGUUCAAUUUCUUCUAUGCACCAAGAGAGUGGAAACUGGCAGCUUCUUGUUUAUUGAGUCAAGGCCAACAUUCUUUCUGUAAAUGCUAGCUCAGAAAUAGUUUUUAGAGAGACUGACAUUUAAGAGUACACAAUUGUUAAACACAUCAUACAAAUUGAAUACUAUUUUUUUUGAAAACUCACCAUAUUCAUGAGUCGUGGCUUUCACUUUUCAAUUUGGUUAUGAGAAGUCCUAAACGUCUUAUGUUGGAUUUCGGCACCUCCUUGAUAGAAGAAGGACAAGAUGAUAUGAAAAUUUGACGCUGAGUAGAUCAAUCAAUUAACACUAAUUCAGCUGUC